AUGCGCCGCCUACCUCCACAGCAGUGCGAGCGAAAUCUCAUAGAUCUCAUCGACCUCGUUCCAGGACUCUGUGAAGACCUCUUGGGUACUGUUGAUCAACCGCUGAAAGUGGCGAAAGACAAGGAAACUGGCAAGGAAUACCUCCUUUGUGAUUACAGCAGAGAUGGAGAUAGCUACAGAUCUCCGUGGACGAACACAUAUGAUCCUCCGGCAGAGGAUGCCCAGCUGCCUUCGGAAAAGUUGAGAAAAUUGGAAAUCGAAGCCAAUGCAGCCUUUCGAAAGUAUUUCGAGGGAGGCAUAUCAUCGGUGUAUUUCUGGGAUCUCGACCAUGGAUUUGCCGGAGUUGUUCUUAUCAAAAAGAAUGGAGAUGGUUCAAAGGCUAUUCAAGGAUGUUGGGAUUCUAUCCAUGUCAUCGAGAUUAACGAAAGAUCCUCACGCCAAGUUCACUACAAGUUGACAAGCACGAUUAUGCUUUGGUUACAGACAAAUAAACCCGGAAGCGGUAUGAUGAAUCUUGGCGGAUCACUUACACGACAGGCUGAUCAGGACUCUCCAGUCAACGACCAGAAUACUCAUCUCGUCAAUAUAGGAAGAAUGAUCGAAGAUCAGGAAUCGAAAAUGCGUUCAACAAUCAAUGAGAUCUACUUUGGUAAAACUAAGAAGGUUAUCGGAGAUCUGCGUUCUGUUGAUACGUCUAUGGAGAAAGAGAAGCAGGAGGAAAUCGUCCGCGAGAUUCGCACAGCUGUGGCGGGUCGUAAUAGUGCUGCAUAA